ACUAAGCCAUGCACCAUUGAAAACCAUAUAGGUCGCCUCGGCUGAUCUAGUCACACUCGUCAAGCCUUUUCACAAAGCUGGGGUUACCAUCAGAUGAGUGUUCUCUGCAGCAGCUAGCUUCCAUACCCCCACCAUCUCUCCCCGCAAACAUGCAGACCAGCAGGGCUAUAUAAGACAUUGACUAUCCGUCGGAGUUGGAGUUCCUUCAAACUACACCUCAACUAUUCAAUAACCCCUAUACUCUUUUGAAUACAAACCUACCACAAUGCUGAACGUUCACAUGGAAAAUGUGGAGGAUCCAAAGUCCGGGAUCGACUUUGUCACGGAGAUUGACAAGAAGCACACCUCCGAGUUCGCCAACAACCCGGAGAUGGACGACUACAUUGCCAAGUUCCUUGGGCUCUCCAGUGACGCCCAGGCCAACGAAAGCCAAGAAAAGACAAUGCCGCUCAAGGAGGGGUUGAGAACCUUCCCCAAGGCUGUUCUCUGGUCCAUCAUUCUUUCCACUGCUAUCGUCAUGGAAGGCUAUGACGUCGUCUUGUUGGGUUCUUUUUACGCCCUUCCAGCCUUCUCGAAAAAGUACGGUGUUCUUAGUAAAGAUGGGACGUACACGAUUGAAGCCAAGUGGCAAACUGGUUUGAGUAUGUGCACCAACGUCGGUGAGAUCAUAGGGUUGUUUGCCGCUGGUAUCAUUGCUGACAGAAUCGGUUACCGUUGGACUUUGAUUGGCUCGCUUAUGUUGGUCAUCGGCUUUAUCUUUAUUCUUUUCUUUGCCAAGGAUCUUGCGAUGCUUGCUGUUGGUGAAAUUUUGUUAGGGAUGCCGUGGGGUGCUUUCCAGACCUUGACGGUUUCCUACGCCUCCGAAGUUUGUCCAUUAGUCUUGAGAUUCUACUUGACCACUUACGUCAACAUCUGUUGGAUCCUCGGACAGUUGAUCGCCUCGGGUGUUUUGAAGUCCUACGCUGGUUCUGCCUCAAAAUGGGCCUACAAGGUUCCUUUUGCGCUCCAGUGGAUGUGGCCUAUUCCAAUCAUGAUUGGUAUCUACUUGGCACCAGAAUCCCCAUGGUGGUUGGUUAAGAAAGGAAGAAUUGACGAAGCUAAGGUAUCGUUAGGCAGAUUGAUUUCCGAGAAUGAGAAUAUUCCGGAUAAGAGUAUUCUUGUGGAUGCAAUGACCGCCAAAAUCCAGUUGGCUAACGAAGAAGAAGCUGCGUUGGUGGCUGGUAUCUCCUAUUUCGAUUGUUUCAAGGGUGGUAACUGGAGAAGAACUAGAAUCGGUGCCAUGGUCUGGACUCUUCAAAAUCUCACUGGAUCCGCCUUGAUGGGUUACUCUACUUUCUUCUAUGAACAGGCUGGUUUGAGCACCAGUAAUUCGUUCACAUUUACGAUUGUGCAGUACGUUUUGGGUCUCAUCGGUACUGUCGGAUCUUGGUUCGUCUCUCGGAAAGUUGGUAGAUUCAAGAUUUAUUUCUUCGGUCUCUCUGCUCAGACCAUUCUUCUUAUUUUAGUCGGAGUUCUUGGGUGUCUCAACUCGAAGGGUGCCUCGUGGGGUAUUGGGACGCUUUUACUUGUCUUCACCUUCACAUACGACUUGACCAUCGGUCCGGUGUGUUACUGUCUCGUUGCCGAAAUUCCGUCCGCCAGAUUGAGAACUAAGUCGAUUAUUAUCUCCAGAAAUGUGUACAAUGUUGCUGGUAUUUUCAACGCUGUCAUCAUGCCAUACAUGUUGAAUACAGAUGCUUGGAACUGGAAGGCCAAGACUGGGUUCUUCUGGGCAGGCUUUGCCUUCCUCGGUGCCGUUUGGUGUUGGUUCGAGUUGCCUGAGACCAAGGGCAGAACUUUUGCUGAGUUGGAUACCUUGUUCAAGAACAAGGUCAAGGCCAGAGACUUCGCGAAGACCGAGGUUGUCACUUUUGAUGCUCAAGAGAUGAUGGAGAGAUUAGGUGAAGAUGGGUUGAAGAAGAUGGUGCAUGAAACCGAAGGUGCCACUACCUCUGGCUACGAUAAGGAGAGAGAAUUUUCCCCUUAAGCUUCACCUCAGAGUUCUCUUAUAGGGCUUAACUUUUCCAAGUUAGUUUUUCUUAUUUCAAUGGCGAUUUUGUUUAGUGUUUCGCCCGAUUGUUUAUCCCUUUUCCCGGUAUUUAGCUAAUCUGGUAUCGUCUGUUUAACCAUUAAUUUUAUUUUCGAGUUUUCAAUCUUUG